UUCUCUCCCACGACGUACUGUGCGGUACCAUGCAGGGAUUCAGACUCGUUGUGCUCUUGUUGUUGACAGUGACCGUUGUAGCAACAUCAGACGCGGAAGAGACGGAAAGCAAAGGCUGCAAAAACAGUUGCUGUUCAGGUGUUCCUGGAGCUGCUGGAGCUGCUGGCACUCCUGGUGCUCCCGGCGCUCCUGGUUAUCGUGGCGAUCGUGGAAGUCCUGGUCCAGGAGGACAAAGAGGAGAAAAAGGGGCAACCGGAAAAGUUGGCCCAAAAGGCGUCCCAGGCGAGACCGGAGUUAAGGGUCCGACCGGACCGAGGGGGCCACAAGGCGUUUUCCGUUUAAACGUGUGCUCUAAUGACAGAAAGGGUAUGAUGAGAUAUAAUCAGCAAGUAAAGGAGGUAGAGUAUUGUGACGGUAACAGCUGGGUGACCCAGUUGUUACUGACACCCGGCAGCUCGUCUUUGUUGCCUGCAACAUCGUGUAGGGAAAUAGCACUCUAUUACAAGUCUUCAGCCAAAAAUGGAAAUCAUUGGAUUAAACCAUCUUACAAUGAUCUACCUUAUCAGGCAUUCUGUGAUGCUAAUGAAGGUUGGACUCUGAUCAUGAAAAUAGAUGGAAAUCAACAAACCUUUACCUAUAGAAGCAAACUGUGGUCAAACAAAGAAACAUUCCAACCAACUAAUUUGGAUUUGGAUGACAAAGAGGCAAAACUUGCUUCGUAUUGGACACUACCAUUUACUGAACUUCGUUUGGGAAUGAAAGUAAAUGGAACAAUCAGAUGGAUCACCCUCAGCUACAGCGCAUCAUCUCUCUACAGUCUUAUUGCUGAUGGAAAUUACAGAAGCACGAGUAUUGGUGAGAAUAAGUGGAGACCUUUAUUGCCAGCGUCAUCUCUGCAGCAAUUCUGCAAUAGGGAAGGAUUCAACACAAGAAGCACUUACAAUUAUAGAUCACACUACAUACAUUAUGCAAGAGCUCGUUUGGGAUUGCUUGCUAGCAAUUCAAACAAUUGUAAUUCACCAGAUUCUUUUCUUGGUUUUGGAACAGAGAACAGCCACAAAAGCAUCAGAAACAGUGCUGGAAACUACAAUGGACAAAACCUGUCACGAUGCAAAGCUACUCUAUUUGAGAAAGUGAAGUUGAAAAGCACUUUUCAACAUUUUCGAAAACAUCAGUGUUGUAAACAUGUGUCAGACAUUGUUUAA